UCUAGCUAUUUUAUCCCUCUGGCUGAGGCAGUGGUGUACACCUACCCCUCGUCCUGCUGCCGACCAGAGGGGAGUGGAGUCGGCAGAGGCAGGUAGCAGCCCCGGCUUGGUGGACGCAUCCGUCGCAUUCCUCCACCACCAUGCCGGACCCGGGGCAAGAAGCAAGGAGUGGAUGCUGUCGGCUCAUUCAAUCUAUUAGACAGGGGCAGCUCCAUUUAACUCCGCAUGUCAAAGUUUGCAUUUUCAUUACGCAGCAGUGUGGCUGGAUUAUAGGUGUGAGCAGGAUGCCUUAAGCUCGCUAACCUAUGCCACUCACUGGUGAAUCCACAGUAUAUUGAGGCUGACUACAUGGAGUAAUAGAUUCUAGUGGAUACACACAAAUCAUGGGAGACCUGGAGUGUGGCUUUGAGGAAAUGCAAGGAGUGAGGCUGGGAUACCUGCUCAUCCAAGGCAAGCAAAUGUUUGCUUUGUCCCAGGUCUUCACCGACCUGCUGAAGAACAUCCCACGGACCACGGUGCACAAGCGCAUGGACUACCUGAAAGUGAAGAAGCACCAGUGCGACCUGGAAGAGCUACGGAAGCUCAAAGCAAUAAACUCUAUAGCUUUCCACGCCGCCAAAUGCACUCUCAUAUCGCGGGAGGACGUGGAGGCUCUGUAUUUCUCCUGCAAGACGGAGCGGGUGUUGAAGUCCAACAAAAGGAAAGCGAAAGCGGCGUGCUCCCCCGGGGAUGAGGACGAGUCCUCGGGGUUCCUCCGUGCUGACGGCGAGCUGUGGAGGGAAAAAGUUUGGUUUAGUUUGCAGCACGGCGUCCCGGAGACUCUCACACUCCACGGCAAAGUGGGCAGGAAGAAGGAGCUGACUCCUUGCCUUACCGACUCCAAACUACCUCAGUUUUAUCACAAAACGCACGGGCGGGAUUGCCGUUCGGCGACCAAGUCCAGUUACAAACACUUUAAAAACUAUGAAACAGCGAAAAUAACAGGGAACCGCGUCACUUUGAGCCAAAGGCACUCGUUUUUCCGGAGCGCGGUGAGCCGGCAGCCGGUGGUGCUUCAGUCCGCCAUAGCUGCUCAGUCCAGGCUCUCUCGCUCAGCCGGCGACCUACUUCACAAAAGGAAGAGGAGGCGCGAGGGGGGCGGCGGGAGGGACAGCGCGAGGCACUCGUGGAGCAGAAGCAGGCACGCGCACCACCACGCACCGCCGGUGCUGCUCGUGCAACCCAAAUCGUCUGGAAGUCACGGGACUUCUUUCGGUGCUUUUCACCUCGGUCCAGAUUUUUAUCUCGACCCCCGACCCCACCACCAUCACCACCACCAACAUCAUCAUCAUCACCACCACCACCACCACGAGCCAACUUUCCCGGAGAGUUACAGCAGCGACACCGAGUCCAGCACCUACUCGGAACGGGCUUACCCCGACUGGGACCUCGGCUCUGGCUUUUCCACCAGCAGCAACUCCGCCAGUUCGGAAGAAGAAGAGGACGGCGAGGAAGAAGAUGACACUCAGUCGGAGAGUUCAGAGGUCAGCUCAGAGGAGGAGGAGGAGGAAGAGAGCUCCUCUCAAUCCGACUCCAGCUCAGUUUCGAGCCGUGUUUCGGUUCAGAGCAUCCGAUUCAGACGGGCGCGGGUCGGAUCGCUUGCCAAAAGUCUCAACACCAGCAAAGCACCUUUGGUCCUGCAGCCUACGUUUCACUACAACAACCCAGUGCAGCACGAAAAAGAGCACAAGACCCUCGGACAUGUUGCUGCUUCGCAAUCACGGGACAGGGGACAGGACAAACUUCAGAAAUGUGAAUUCACAUGCAGAGAGACAGAGCAGGACUCGGGACCCUCGCAGCCCCAAAACUUUAACUCAGCUUCUGUGGGGGAGAGCUUUUUCAGCGAGUCUAAAAGGGAAAAUCCGAACCAGGCCGACACUGUGGAUGAGCUCAUCACAUAUUCACUGGGACCCAAUCGGAAUAAGGCCUCUCACACUUCACGCAGGACACAGGGGCAUCCCAUCAAAUGCCCCCCGGGACUGAGGGCUCAGUAUGACCACAGCAAAGAGGCCAAGCAGACCCAGAAAUUUGUGGACAGGAGGGAUGCGAAAGCGAUCGCCAGCCCAAGUCUGCCCACUGCACUGAAAAAAAUAAAGACCGAGUCAGAGGAGCCCUCUGUGACCGCCACCUCCUCUUCGGACAGGACAGCCAGGACGCCGCCGUUCAGUCUCCACAAUGUGAAAGUUAAAGUGGAGGAUAGCUGUGAUGAGUAUGAAUACCAGAGCCAGGCCACUGUAGCUAAAUGCAAAGGAGAUAAAACAGAGAGCAACAAUGGCCACUAUCCCAGCGGAGCCAUAAAACAAGGAGAUUUUUCCAACAGUGGGAUUAAAGCCACAGAGAAGAGCCCCGAUGUGGCCCUCAGGUCCCCCUGUGGUCCUCAGGAAUGCAGGAGUAGUCAAGACGCCCCGUGUAUCGAGGAGGGGGAGCACAGGCACAAAAACUGCAGGGCUCCGGUGCAGGGGAGUAAGAAACCCAGAGUUUCCAGGACGCAAACAAAACAAAACCUAUCCAGGGUCCACAAGGCUGCCUCUUCUUCGUCGUCGUCGUCCUCCUCUUCUUCUUCUUCUUCUUGUUUUCGUCCCGUGGGGCGCGAGGAGGCAUCCACGGAGGAUUUACCGAGCAGACGCAAACGCAGCAACGUGAACACUGUAGCAUCGCCGGCAAAAAUGCCUUUCAGCCUAAUGGCAAAUUUCCCAUCCCCGCCGUCGCUGAUUGUUGGCAGCGACGGGGAUUUGUGCCCCGCUUACUCCCUGAACUCGCUGAGGGGCCCCGGGCCUCCCCCUCCGUCCCACCCCGUGUGGAGGUGGCAGCCAGGCGGCCAGAUUCUCCCUCCCCCACACGUUCACAGAACUAGGAAAUAGACGGCGGAGCUGUUUUUUAAAGCAAAAAAAAAAGCCCUGAAAAAGCCCUCACCAUUUCCAACCCAAACGUAGCCCGAGUCUUAACAUGUGCGCACCGAAAUGCUCGCAACUUUAUCGGUGUUGUUUCUUUUCUGUCCCCCCUUUUCUCUCCCGAGAAUGGAUUUACAUUCCGCUUUGUUUUCAAGCUCGAUCGAGGAAAACCCACAAGAUUCCCCCCUUUUCGGAGCCUCUGAAAACGCCCACAGGACUGUGAGACACCGCUCGUGGAUAUAAGAUUUUAAAAAAAACUUGUGUUAAAAUAAGCUAUCCGAAGCAAUAUCUAUUCUCAAUGGUGUGUUCACGCGACUGUGUGUGUGUGUGUGUGUGUGUGUGUGUGUGUGUGUGUGUGUGUGU